CAAAUAAAGUGCUCGUUAUUUUUAUUAAUCGAAACAUCUUAAUAUUCGAAUGAAUUUAUUACCGUACGCUACAAUUUCCCACCACUACCAUAGUAUGAAUAAUCGAGGGAACCGUGUACUGUACAACCUACAUUGUCAUUGUGAUUGAUUUGAUAUUUUCGGUAUUACAGCGUUUUUUAUACACAAUAUUGAUUUGGUUCCUUUGUGGUCUUAAAAGUUAUUUCCAAAGGAAAACGUGAUUUAGAAGAUGCGGAAAAUUAAAUUGCAAUCAUCGGACAAUGAAGUCUUUACUGUCGACGUUGAGAUCGCUAAAUGUUCUGUUACUAUCAAAACUAUGUUGGAGGACUUAGGAAUGGAGGAUGACGAGGAAGAGGUGGUACCGUUGCCUAAUGUUAACUCUGCUAUUCUCAAAAAAGUGAUUCAGUGGGCAACAUAUCAUAAAGAUGACCCACCGCUACCCGAAGACGAUGAAAAUAAAGAAAAAAGAACGGAUGAUAUUUCAUCUUGGGAUGCCGAUUUUUUGAAAGUCGAUCAAGGCACACUUUUUGAAUUAAUUUUAGCAGCAAAUUACCUAGACAUCAAAGGCCUAUUGGAUGUCACAUGUAAAACGGUAGCCAAUAUGAUCAAAGGUAAGACACCAGAAGAAAUUCGUAAAACAUUUAACAUCAAGAAUGAUUUUACUGCAGCUGAAGAGGACCAAGUUCGCAAGGAAAAUGAGUGGUGUGAAGAAAAAUAAGCUAAAAAGCUAUCUUGCAUUGCAUACCCAUGUGAUUUAAGGUUUUAGUUUUAAUCAGUAAAUAAAUAAAUAAUUUAAAUUAUUGUAUAGUUUAACAAUUAAAUUGUUUUGCCAGGUCAUUUACUAAGUUGAUUGUGAAGUCAUGUAUCCCCUAAAUGAAACAAAAGAGAUAGACAUAAAAGUACAUACUAUUGUAAUCUUUAUGAAUACCUUGCUUUGUUCAAUAAUUUGCAACAAUUGCCCCUUUGUGAAAAAAUCUAUAAUAUUGCAUAAAGUGGUAGCAAUAUGUUAACUGAAAUGAAUAAAUUGUUGAAUACUGAAUUUUGUGAUCAA